UAUACAGAUGCUGCAAAGAUUAGUAGCAUUUGCAUCUCUCUUUUUAUCUAUGUUCUGUUGGAUUUGAAAGCAAAGCUUUUAGAUAUAUUAAAAUCACAUAUCACAUAGUUCUCUCUCUAGAGAAACAUAACAACAUUUUUUCCAAAAAAAAAAACAUGUCCCCUUUUGAUUCCUCUCCUCAGACAAGUCAUAGCAACAGCAACAACAGCACAAGUCCAAGUGGUGGUGGUGGUGAUGUGCUGUUGAAAUGGGGUCAAAGAAAGAGAUCAAGAGUCUCUCGAACUCUCAUUGAAGAUUCAUCAUCUUCUGUUCAUACCAAUCAAAGGAAAAAAUUUCCUACUAAGUUUUCUUCUGCAUCUAUGCCCCCUCCACCUCCACUUGUUUCUGCCUCUAAUGGUAGAGGCAGAAAGCAUAAUAUCCCUAGGAAUUUGGAAGAUCCUUCAGAACCUUCAAGAAUGAAUCAAAAUGUUUCUAGAUCUAUAGCACAAAAAAAUUCUACUCCUUCUUGUAUGGAAAAAAGUAACAAAAGAAUGCCUUGUUCUUCUGGAUCAGCAAAGUGCAAGAAACCAAAUGGGUCUUCAACAAAACAAGCCACUGAGAAAUUGAAUAAUAAUCAUGGUGAUACUAAUGGAGAAAAAGUUAGUGUAGAAGUAAUUGAAUGGCCAAAGAUAUACAUUGCUCUUUCAAGAAAGGAGAAAGAAGAUGAUUUUCUUGCAAUGAAAGGGACUAAAAUUCCACAAAGACCAAAGAAGAGAGCAAAAAACAUUGAUAAAACUCUUCAGUAUUGCUUUCCUGGGAUGUGGCUAUCAGAUCUAUCAAAGAGUAGAUAUGAGGUUAGGGAGAAGAAAUCUGUCAAGAAGCAAAAGCGUUGUAGAGGCUUGAAAGGAAUGGAAAGCUUGGAAAGUGAUUCAGAGUAACAAACAAGCACAUAACUUAAUUUUCCAAUCAAAGCUUAGGGGUUGGUGAGAAAUUUAAUCUCAUGAAAGAAAGAAAAAAAUAGCCUUUUUUUUUUAUAAAGUCUUUAGAGCCGUUGGUAUGACAUUACCUAAAAGUAGUGUUAAUUGGACCCCCUUCCCUUCAUUACAAAUGGUAUUAUCAUAUUGUAUAGGGGUUACAUUAUAUUAUUUUAUUUUGAUUAUCUUUAUUAUCUUUGGAGUUAAGUUGUAUGUAGUAUGAGAGGGAGUGUUGGACAACUUAUUUUUGAAUGGUACAUGGUUGCUCUUUUAAGACCAUCAUUCAUAUGUAUGUGCAUGUGGGACCAUGUUGUUUGAGAGUGUCUAAAAAGUACACAUGAA